AUGAUUGGUCACAGAACGAAAAAACCGUAUACAUACAUAUAUAUAUUUUAUAAUCCAUCAUUGAAUUCAUUAAUUUAUCUUAAUGAUAAACAAGAAAUCAAUGUUCGUAGUGCUGAUCAAUUAUCAAUAUUAUAUCAUCGUACAUUACCAUUAAAUAAUAUAAAUGAAUAUUAUGAAAUAAUACAAUGUCAUGAUAAAUUUAUUUUGUUAAUAUCAACACAUAUUUAUGUAAGACAAUUAUAUCAAGGUAUUUAUUUUCUUGAUUCAAUAAAUGAUGAAGAUCGUCGUGUUUUUAAUGAAUUAACAUAG